UCGGAGAAUCACACGCAUUUACGCACGUGCGUGAAGGGUACGCACCGGUCGACGUCGCGCACACCCGCAUGGCACGCAGACGCACCAAUCAAUAUCGGACUAUACCGGGUGUGCACCCCGACUGUCCUGAUCGUCAGUCAGCUAGUGCACUAUCAACCACCAACCACACCUUCCGCUGCUUCCGUACUGUCAAUUGCAUCUCCUCGACAGAAGCAAAGCAUCGUCUGGAUCUGGACCUGGAUUGUAUUGAACCCGCAAGUUAUCCAGUUCGCCAGUCGCGAAAAGUCAACGCAGGCGGAAGAGUCCAAAAGGCACAAGUGUCGACAAGAAUUUAAGGAAAAGAUGGAAAUAAAAGGGCGAGUUGCCCUAGUGACAGGUGCCGCAUCUGGCAUCGGCAAAGCAUAUGCCAUGGAAUUGUUGAGUCAGGGUGCCAAGGUGGCUGUGUGUGAUAUUAACACCGAAGAAGGGGAGAAAUUGGUAGAGACAUUAGCUGCUAAAUAUGGCAAAGAUCGUGUAAUUUUCUCACAAUGCGAUGUCACGGAUUAUCCGCAAUUCGAAGAAUCGUUUCAAACAACAAUCGCAGAGUUCGGUCAUAUCGAUAUCGUUAUCAACAAUGCUGGUAUCAUGAAUGACCGAUUUUGGGAGCUUGAAGUAGACAUUAAUCUUAACGGAGUGAUACGCGGUACUUUGCUUGCUCAACGAUUUAUGGGUACGGACAGGGGUGGUCAGGGUGGAGUCGUUAUUAAUACCGGAAGCAACGUCAGCAUCAAUCCUUACGUCAGCGUGCCAAUUUAUUCCGCAACAAAAGCGGCUAUCGUCAGCUUCACCAGAGCUUUUGGGGAUCAAUAUCAUGUAGAUUUGACGGGUGUUAAAGUGAUGGCACUUUGCCCAAGUGCCACGGACACUAAAUUAGUACGAGAUGUCAAUAGGAAGCUUCUAUUGGCUCGAUACGAAGAUGCCUGGCAAAGAGAUACAGCCUCAUCAAAUCCUCAAAGGGCGGAACACGUGGCGAAGGCAUUGGUACAAGUGUUAAACACUGGCAAAAGCGGAAGUGUGUGGAUGGUGGAGAAGGACCAGCCACCUCACGAGAUCAGCUUUGCGAAAUUUCUCGUGCAGCAUCAAAUUAUUUGUUCUCGCUGCUUCUUACCUAUCGGUGCAAAUCCGAUCUUGUUUACCUCGAGAACAGUGCCUAAUGAGAUCGAGCCGAGAUCCGAAAAUUGCGAUCAGUAUUCAUCGUCUCGAGAAGAGCAAGACACGUCUAUGAUGGAGAUUCAGCAGAAAACCGUGCUUAUCACUGGCGGAGCCAACGGGAUCGGUUAUUGCACCGCUCAAGAACUACUUCGAAGAGGAGCAAAGGCUGUCACAAUCGUAGAUUUGCCAGAUUCGAACGGCGAAACUGCUGUUGCGGAAUUGAAGAAAGAAUUCGGCGCAGAUCGGGCCAUUUUUCUCGUCGGAAAUGUGGCGAGUGUCGAAGAACUCUCGGCUUGCUUCGACAAAGCUAUAGAGUCAUUUGGUACCCUGGACAUUGUUAUUAAUAGUGCCGGCAUCAUGAACGACGCGGAAUGGGAGCCGAUGGUUGAUAUUAAUUAUAACGGGAUUGUACGCGGCACAAAAUUGGGUUUGAAUCACAUGGGAAAGCACAAGGGUGGAAAAGGCGGUACUAUCAUUAAUAUGUCAUCUAUAGUUGGCUUGCAAAGUAAUCCGCUCGCACCGAUUUAUGCCGGGACGCAGUUUGCCAUCGUCGGUUUUACUUUAUCAUUACAGACUUUCUAUGAAAAGACCGGCAUACGUAUUUUAGUAAUAUGUCCCGGUCUCACGAAUACUGCCAUGGCUUCCAAAUUCAUGUCGAGCAAAGUUUAUUCAAUGGACAUUCUUGACGACGAGAUUGCUGCCAAGGAAAUGACAACGAUGGAGAGUCAGCCACCUGAGCAUGUGGCAAAUGCUAUUGUGGAGUUGAUCGAAAAGGGAGAGAACGGUGCAGUCUUCGUCAGCGAAAACAAUCAACCUGCAUAUGCUGUGCAAUUACCGUCUUACACCGAUCUGAAAGUUUCAGUGUAAAUUGUAAUUUACUGCAAAUCAUGUUUGGUACACAGAUAUUUGACGUCAUAAUUUUUCAUGAUUUAUAAUUUAUAAUAAUGAUUAAUUCUUGUUGAAAUAGUAGUACAAAUUUGUAUUUUUUCUCAUUGUGACAAAAUUACUUGUAAAAAAUUUUCAAU